GAUCACUUUUAACUCAGUUGAGUUUAACAUUUCAUCCGCUAACGUUGGAUGUGCCGCGUCGGUUUGUCUUCGCACAAUUUUUAAUGAGUCACUAAAACUCAAACAACAAAAAUUCCUUUGCUCGCGUUUUAUGUCAAACAAAUGUCAGAUUUCGCUGUCAAAUCUCAUCAAUUGCGGUAGCAAUAACGACGCAACGCCGACGGAACGGGACGGGGCUGUGUAUCGUAAAUUAAAAUGAUAUUAAAAAGAAAUAAAGAAACGUGUUUUUAAGUGAAACUAUUCAAAGGAGAAAACUCCAUUUGUUAAUUUUAUAAUAAUUAGCAAAAUAAAAAGAAUAAGAAGAAAACAAAAAGUCAGAAAAUCGUGAAAUCAGAAGUGAUUUUUGUUUUGCUGUCAAAGAAAUUAAAAUUUAUACCAACCUACUAUCAAUGAUGUUUAAUGUGGUGACUCGUGUGAUGUGAAACGAGAGUGAAACAAAAAUUUUGUAUAUUUUUGAUAAAGAGUGAAAUUAUAUAUUAAUUCAUUAUAGUGAAAUUGUUAUUCUUUUUUUAAUAAUCUUUCUAAUAUAAAAUUCAUGGGAUUAUUGUUGACAUAAUACAUAAUUUGGAUACCCACCACGUUGAAAUACAAUUUUAAGAACUGGGAUUUACAUACCAAAUCGAAGGUUCUUCUUCGUGGAAUCAUUUAAAAAUGGCUCGUAUCAAAAUGGCUUCCCUAUUAUCUGUUAGGCCACCUGGCAAGAAAACACAAAUAAACUGUCAAAAUGCGUCCACCAUUGACAGGAAGUUCUGUCAAAAAUGAAGUGGUCCAACCACUAGGACAACCAAUACAAAAUCAUAAAGAACCUCGUUUAGAGAAUCAUCAACAAAAACAACAGCAACUUUUGACAACAACUUCAAAUAACAAUAAUAUUCACAUCAGAGACUACGAUCCAUCUGAAUUCCGUAUAGUCGAUCUAAGUACAUCACCACCAGUCACACCAGAAGCUGCAUUUGACAGAUCACCAAAUCAGUUAUUUCAUCAUCAACAAACUGCUCUACUACGUUCGAACUCGAAUUCGAAUUCGAAUUCGAAUUUUUUCGUGAAUCAUCUGGACGAGAAGUACGUUCUGUUUGAGUCAUUUGCAUCGGAUGAUUCAUCAACAUUGAAUAUCGAAUCCACUGCAAAUCAUCAUCACUUACCAUUGUCCGAGACAGAACCAUUGCUGACGAAUAUCGAAGCAACUGUUUCCGAUCGAGAUCGUUCGAUUUGUCUUCACAAGAAUAGUGCCUCGUUGAUAUUCACCAAAAAAGAAGUGUCAUCAUCAUCUGUCAAUAGCAGUGGCCGGAGACAUCACCAUCACCACCAUCGUGAUAGUUACGUUGAUGAUCACAACGUUGAGAGUCAACCAUUUUUAUCGUAUCAUCGUCAAUCGAUUGGAACUGCAGGUGAACAUAAGAAUCGCAGCAACCAUCAUAGUCAACACAAUUAUUUGGAUAAAGUUGCUGCUGGACGUGUUCAACAUCAUCGACGAAGUCUUCCUUUGAAUUACUCAGGAGUAGUAGGAGGGAAUAGUACUAAUAGCAGCAUAAGUGGUCAGCGUUCUGGACAUUUUUCAGCCCACAAACAGACAACAAACACAACGGCUGCUAAUACAAGGAAACAGCACGCGUACUCUUGGUACGCUCCGGUUUACAGCGCCCUCGAAGAAGAAUUGGAGCAGGAAUCAAGGGACUCCUCGCCAAUUCACAAUCUGGCCAAUUCGAAGAAAACGACCAGCAAUCAGGUGCAAUGUUCGGAAAAUGAAACCGCGUCACUAUUGGAUUCGAAGAAUCAACUUAACAUCCAACCACAACUUCAUUUGACUAAUUUGCGGGCACGACGUGCCAUAUCAUCACCCCAACCACCAACAAAUCUACCACUUCAUCUGACAACCACAACCACCAACAACGCAACCUAUCCACCACAAUAUAACAAUAAUAAUCUUGUCAACGGCAUCAACAAUCAAACAAAUCACCACCAACAAAAUGAAAACGAGGGCCCUCAUGCAGCCUCACUUCUUGCUGGGGGCCCAAUACCGAGGCGGCGACGUUUUGAGAAUUUCCUGAAGUCCCUGGUUGGACGUAAACCAUCCAAGGAUACAUCGUUUAGUCCACCGUUGUUACCAUCACCCGAAAUAACUAUCACACGAACUCCAUCCGAUCAGAAUGUGAUCUUAAGAGAUCCAUCGGGCUUUAGACAACCGGAGGUGGUUAGCUAUUUGCCCGAUAAGGUGCCAACGACUAGCAGCACAACAUCUUUGAACACAGCUGUCCAGCAGAAGUUGUGGAAUGUGGUGCCACUGUUGCGGCGAGAAGGCAGCGCUACCAGUUUGCAUCAUGAAAAGUCGCAGUCCAUUGUGCAGUAUACGGGAAUGCGAAAGUGCGAAACGGUACUUGCACUUACGCGACAAUCCUCAUCAGUAUGUUCGCCAAUGUCCGAUACCAGCGCUGGGACACCACUGGGUGGCAGUCGCACCGGUGGCAUUCGUGACAGUGGCGGUGGCAUCAGCAUAAAUGGCACCGAGCAAAUAAGACCGCUCAAUCGACUCCGAAAUAGUAUGUCGACAUCGAACGCUACGUGUUCGCGUUGUUCUAGUCUGUUAUCGUUGGCCGUGUCCGGUUCACGGUAUUCCUUGAAUACCGCUAAUAGCGGAUUCAUAAAUGUUAAUAACAAUUCAAAUAAUCUAAACAAUAACUUUAGCAAUCUAAGUAGUAGUAGUAUCAUAAGUAAGACCAACGAUUGUGUAGAUGGCGGUAGUAAUACAAGUUCGAGGAAGAGCUCCGCUAACGGUAACAUUCCGCCAUCGAAUGUGACAACGGCGACGUUAAAUUCAUCACCGUUGUCGGGUCCGUUGAGUCCGUUGUCGCCGAUUAUUGUUUCGAGCAGUAGUGGAACGGCAGUGGUAACGCUUCCUGUUGAAUUGGAAGAAGAAUUCACAUGCAAGCUUUGUCUGAUUGACGUUGCCCCGAAUGAGGCGACAACACUGGCGCAAUGCGGAUGUCGAUUUUGUACUGAGUGCAUGAAGGCGUAUGUGGAAUUUGAAAUAUCAGAAGGAGCUUAUGACAUAUCAUGUCCAGAUGCACAAUGCCCUUCGCAGGGUGUUGUUGCAUUAAAUGAAAUCGAUAAGCUGACAUCACAAAAUCUUAUGAAGAAACAUCAUCGAUAUCGAUUAAAUCGAGAAAUAGAAUUGGACAAAUUCCGAACCUGGUGUCCAAGAGCUGGUUGUGAGACUGUUUGUUUGGUUGGUUGCACAUCUGAUUCGGCGCUGGCACCAUCUUCGUUAAACGAAGAUAAAGACAAUGCAAUCCAACAAGCUGCACUAUGCCCGGUUCAAUGUCCUUCAUGUAAAGAUGAAUUUUGUUCCGGUUGUAAAAAACCGUGGCAUCCAAACAUGUCCUGUGAUGAAAACAAUCGGCGAUUGGCAGCCGAUGGCCAAGAUGAUAUUGGCAUACCAUUUGAUAAUGACUUAAUCAAAUGUUGUCCAAUGUGUGCUGUUCCUAUUGAGAAGGACGAAGGCUGUGCCCAAAUGAUGUGUAAACGUUGUAAACAUGUCUUCUGUUGGUAUUGUCUAGCAAGUUUAGACGAUGACUUUCUUCUACGUCAUUAUGACAAGGGACCAUGUAAAAAUAAAUUGGGACAUUCCCGAGCUUCUGUUGUAUGGCACAGAGCUCAAGUGAUCGGCAUAUUUGCUGGUUUUGGCAUUUUACUGCUUGUGGCAUCACCGCUUUUAUUACUAGCAGCACCCUGUAUUAUAUGCUGUAAAUGUCGCAUCUGUAGCGGUGGCAAUAAGAUGGAAGAAGGUGAAGGCGAUAUCGAGGAAGCUGCAGCUCUUCAGAGCUAAUAUCCAAAGGUGUCAUCAGCGCCAUCUACAUCUGACAAACAGCAGAGUUGAAACAAUAUGGACUCAAUGUUGUCAAAAUAAACAGAAUCCGAAAAUGUGUAUAAUACUGUAUUAUUAAGGGUGUUUCUUUUUUGGAAUGCAAGCUCGAUUUGAAUUGGAAGGAAAAAUUUAAAUAUACAUUAUAAUAUCGGGCUUAAACCUACACUAUAGAAAAUAAUCCAUUUCGACUGAAAGACCAACAGGCACAACGAAAUUUAGAAAACAUUAAACAAAACUUUUCCAUCCAAUUCGAUUCGAGAGUGCAGGAAAAAAAAACGCAAAAUUUCGACGUGUAUGUUCAAAACUAUGCAUACUCAAAAAACCAACAAAAACAUAAACACAUCCAUUAUAAACUUAAUUUUAUUAAAUUUUAACUUAUAAGAUUAAAUUUUAUUAUUCUUUCUCAAUUCAAUUAAAAUUAGAAUUAAAUAUUAAAUAAAAACAAACAUUAAAUUUUAGAUAGUUUCUCAUUUAAAACAAAACAAACAAAUAAAAAAGUAUACCUACACUUUUUUCUUAAAGUUUAAAAUAAAUUAGAUUGGGUUGCAAAUAAUUAUUAUUAUUAUAUCUAUAGAUAUUAGAUAAAUACAUCAUAUUUAUACAUUUAACUAAAUUGUGAUAUUUACAGUGAUUCGAUUUAAAACAGAUUGAAAUAAAAAAUUCAUACCUACAGUUAAGGCGGAUAUGAAAAGCAAAGAGGAGAGAAGAUUAAAAAAUUGAGAUAGAAAUUAAAAAAUAAUUUCAUAAAGAGGAACAAAAUAUUAUUAUUAUUAUUUUUGUUUUAAUAUUUAAUAAAAGAAAAUAAAAAACAUUAAAAAAUGGUCAGAAGAACAAAUAUGAGUCCAAGUCCAUCCUUUCUUUUUACAUUUUAAACAAAUUGUAGAUAAACAAAAUAAAAAACCAACAAAAACAAAAUAAAACUUUUAUUAAAUUAUAUAGUAUCAGAAAUAUGUAGAUUUGUUUUAAUUAAAUAUAAAUAUAAAAUAAAUAGCAGUAGAUAAAAUUUUCAAAUAAAUCAUUGUACACGAAAAACAAAAUAAAUUAAAAAUUAAAUCAAAUAUUUGCAUUUGAAAUAAAAAUGCUUUUAUGAUCUUUUUAUUAGAUAGAACACAAAAAAUACACUCAAGCUGAAGUGAG